AGACAACAUCGCAAUCUUCUACCUGCUCCUCCUCCUAAGCGUCAAAAGCUGGAGGUAUGGCACGAUACAAGUCUCACGAUGGAUCGUACCUACAAUUAUCGUCAAUUCCCGACCACUGUGUCAGAGCCCUCCGAAGCGCCGAUCCCGCCACCUUCGUCAUCUACUAGGCUCAACCAGAAACAAUCAAAGGCCUGCGAUGCAUGCCAUAGGCGAAAGAUCAAGUGCAAUGGAGAAGAAGAAGGCCCUCAUCCCUGCUCAUAUUGUCGAAAGAACGGCUAUGAGUGUACAUACAACCAUCAGCCAAACAAGUGGCCGCCGUCCAAGGCCUAUGUGGAUGGGCUGGAGCACCGAGUUGGGGAGCUGGAACGCCGAGUGGAGUACCUGAAACGUGAACUAGUCAGAGCACGCAGCAGGCCGACAUAUUCCACGUCGUCGCCUGAAUCUUCCGUUUCGGGGGAAAUUCUCGAUAAAGAACAAGAAGCAAAAGAAGAGGACCCAGAGACGCAAGCUGCAUUGGAACCAUUAGCACAAGAAUACGAGGAUCUCAUGCUUGGAAACGCAGCCGGGUCGCCCAUAUCGCAAGAGCCCCGCAUGUACCACGAGAAGGGCAGUCACUUCCAAGUUGUGAACCAGCAGUUGGUGGAGAUAGGGAGCAAGAGCAUCGACAAGAACAAAUUCUUCCAGCUGCGUAUAAGGCCAGAGUGCAGAGUGGUGGAUACGAAUAUCUUCGACGAGGUGAACCUGAGGCUCGACCCGCCCACCUGGCCUGAGCCCGACCUAGCCAAGCUCCUCAUCGACACGUACUUUGAGAAGUGGAACUGUGUCCUACCGCUGUUACACAAGCCGACCUUCCUGCGCCAAUACGCAGAUCCAAAGAUGAGGUUGGACAACAAUUGGGUCAGCGUUGUCUUCGGGGUGUUCGCCAUUGCGUCGAAGUUGGUGGACGACCCCAGGGCCCUAGGGCCACCCGAUGAAAAUGGACACUACUUUGAUGCAGGCAUGAAGUAUUUCAAUGAGAUGAGACGCAUAGGCUCGCCCUUGUAUGCGCCUCCCUCGUUAUUCCGCCUGCAAGCUAUCAUCUUGUUCGCGAACUAUUUAUGCGGGCACCCACUGUGCCCCUCCGUUGGAUGGGCUUUGAUUGGUCUCGGCCUUCGAUAUCUUCAGGAUGCGGGCAUGCACUUAAAGAAAGAAUGGUUGCAGAGGGCAAAAGCCCAUCCUUUCGACUACGAAAUGCGAAAGCGAGUAUUCUGGAUCCUGUACGCGAUGGAAAGGACCAUGGCAUUAGAAAUGGAUCGAAGCUUCUGCUUGCCGGAGCAUGACUAUGAUAUCGAGCCACUGCUCGAACUAGAUGAUGAUGCCCUGGAUCUCCUACAACAGGGUCAAAAGGAUCCUGUCGGAUUUUCGCAAUGCAUUGCGGCCUUCAAUGUCCGUGUCUAUCUUCUUCAAAUUGCGAGCCACAAGCGAGGAGAAAUGCAGAUGCUCCGGCAUUGCAAUAGCAACGUUUCUCACCGUGAAGAGACCUAUCUAUACGGUGUCAACAUUCGUCUCCAGAACGUGAAGGCGAAGCUUGACACGGACUUGAUUUAUCAAAAAGAUCAAGCUGAUCCUGAACGCCUUCUCUACAGUUCGCUUGUUCAUAUCCAAUUUCAUUGGGUACAGCUUAUUUUGUACCGACCAUUCUUUUCCAAAAGUCAGCGUAUGGCUCACCCCGAAGUGCCCAUUUUGGCCGUUUCCGGCGCUAGCUCUCGCGAGAUUGCCAUUGCGCUGGAAGGGUUAAGAGCCAAGAACAUGCUGCGGGGUCGAGUCAAUGAUGCCAGCUUGGCUGGAUUCGUCGCUGGCUCUGUGCUGAUCAUGAACAUGUGGGAGCAGAAAGGUCUUGAUGGGAUCGAUGAGGUGAACCUGUGCCUGAAAGCGUUGAAAUCCGUGGAAGAUCGGUGGCAAUUCCCGGGCCUCCUCUAUGACGUAUUAAAGAACUUCGCCGAUAUCAUGACGAACGUCGUGACCGGGAAUUGUCCAUUACUCGGAGACAGGCCAAUAUGCCUCAAACUGUCGUCCAACAGCAGCCACCGGCCUUGUGAUAAAGACGCUAGCGAGAAGCCUUCUUCAGAAGAUGCUUCUUCCAUAACCGACCCUGGUGCGACCGUCCCAACCACCAUUGUUUCCCACAUCAAUGGUAAUGGGGGGGCCUCGACCAACUCGAAUCAAUUUGGCGAGUUCGCAACAUUUUCAAUGGGCGCUCCGGAUCUUUUCACACCGUUUUCCGCUGUGCAAACUGGCAGCCUAUUUGACACCAACAUUGGGAGUGCAGGACCCACAUCGACUGCUACGAACCAGCCUAUGUUUGGUGAGGAUGGCUGGCUAAACCACCUCGACCUCAAUGGCCAACAUGGGUUUAUGGAUCCAACAUUCAAUGAAUGGCUUACAUCAAUGAUCAUAGCGAGCCAGGAGACGUUCCCUAUGGACAAUGCUGCGACGUCAAGUGCCGCGGGGCAGUCAAUGUUCUCUACCAACGACGCAGCAAACGCCAUUGCCGCUUCCGGCGAUUCCACGUGGAAUUCCCCAUGGUGGACUUUUGAUCAGCCUACGUGAACACGCCUGUGCUCGUUCUGGUAUACGGACCGUAUCAUCACUCGUCCCAGUGCCAUGGUAUUAUAACGCAAUCCUCCACGAUAGUUUACUUUCGAAUGUGCGAGUAAAAGCAUCCGCACAGACGACACCUCUGUAAAGUAGAUCUGUCCAUUACAAUUGACAUCCCUAGGAUGCCUUUUAAUCAUUC